GGACAUUGAGAUCGUUUCACAAGCAACAUGAAUUUAUCUGAUGUGUCUGAAGUGAAUUCGAGGUCAGCGUUAUUUAAGUAGCACAAUAUACUGUAACUCAUUUGAAAAUUAGGUGACAUACAAACUUUCUUUUGAAGAUUUACUGUCUCGAUAUGAAUGAUAUGAAUGUCCAAGGACGGUGGGAUCUGACGGUGUAGAUUACCGAGUAAUUCUGUACUUUAUGUUCGAUUUGCUCCUCGAGUAAACGUCACAUUCCUUUAAUUUAGUGCGGUGUUUAUCGGAAGGUGGUGUUUAGUUGAGUGUUAGGUUUGUUACCAGUAGUCAGAGUAGUUUAUUGCGUUGCCUGCAGUCUGGAAGAAGUCAUGAAGAUCAUGAACACUCAUGCCUUAACUUCUUGCCGUACUUUGUUUACGAAACUGAAUUCAAAAUUCAUUUCGCUGCCAUCAAUAUACCGGAGAUAGAUAAACAUAUUCUUCCUGACUGUAAAAAAAAUAGAUUCAAUAGAAAAUGACCGAAGAACAAAGAGCGUAAAGAAAGCGCCAAAAGUGCGGUACGGUAAAAAAAUGCGAAGAACGCCCAACCCUCAGGAAAUGUACUCUCAAAAACAGCAAAACUUUCCACUGGAAUCGAACCGGUUAUCUGAUGUUAGGUUAUCUCAGUAUAAAGAAUCUUGUAUCGUGGUUAAAACCAUAUAAGAGCUUUGUUUACUCUAGACAAGGGACUUGUCAAGUGUAAACUGAAAUACUCUGCUGAAAGCAAUUUACUCCCUGCAGAGUUUAAUGUCGCCGGUUUCUAAUUUCGUGACCGAUAGGCGUCAGUAAGAAACGAAUUCCAGAUGCCUUAUUGAAAAGUAAAUAAUAAGAAAACAGCAAGGGGUUUCUUGAUGAAUAUUUGAUUCAAAAUACCUCGUUUCAGAAAGAAAUGAGAAUUCUUUGUUUUUGUCGUAUUGUUUUUUGCAAAGUACCUUUGAUAAAAUGUUUGAUGAUAUCUGAGUGAAAAGUGAAAUGCCUCUGCAAGUAAAUUAUAUUUGUGAAAAGUACACCGUAAAGCUUUUAAAGAUAUUCAUUGGGAGUGAUUGAACAUCCGGUGGCCUUUACGUAGAGACGUUUUGUUUGACUCGUAAUUAGUUGGAUCAUAUUAUUUAAGCCAAUCGGAUCCUGUUUGGUAUUUUGAUUGUCUCCUUCUGUUACCGCCAGCCAAUCACAUUCUCGACAGCCAAAGCAUGCUAAUUUCGUUGACAAUUCUUUUCAGGAAAGCGUACUAUGUCAUUAACUAAGAGCGUAGUCUUGGUCAGCUUCAAAGAGGAGAUUGAAUUGCGUUAGUACAACUGUUCUGUUCAACAUGGUCGGAGACGCUUACGGUACGCGUUUUGAACGAUUGCUGCUCCCCGUCGUGAUCUUUGGGGUUUGUUUAUUGCCUUGCUUGUGCCAAAAGAAGUGUGAGUCUGUGACGAUACCUCUUUGCAUUGGUUUACCGUACAACACUACAAUAUUUCCAAACAUGUUAAAGCACAGAACACAAGAGGAAGCAGCUCUCGAAGUUCAUCAGUUUUUCCCACUGGUGAAAGUCGGCUGUUCGGAGGAUCUGGCCUUCUUCUUAUGUUCGGUUUAUGCCCCCAUUUGCACUCUUCUCGGUAUUCCAGUUCCACCAUGCCGUUCACUUUGUGACAGUGCGCGAGAUGGAUGCGAAGAUCUUAUGAAGAAAUUUGGUUUCACGUGGCCCGAGUCUUUGCGUUGCGAGAAGUUUCCAAAACUAGGCGAGGAUCUCUGUGUUGGAAAGAACACAACUGGUAGAAACGGUCAAGUAGUGCCUUCUAAGGAACAACCACAAGGACACAACUCGACGGAGGCUCCGAUCGACAUUAGUUUGGUGUCAUUCCGAUGUCCGGAGGAGCAAAAAAUUGAUAACGAUCACUACAUGUUCUUUGGCAAGAAGAACUGUGCAUCAAAGUGCGAAAACAUCUAUUUUGAUGAGAAGGAGCGAAAAAUUGCCCGCCUUUGGACUGGAAUAUGGGCGAUUCUCUGUUGCAUAUCAACUCUCUUUACAAUUUUAACGUUUAUUAUUGACAUGAGGAGAUUUCGGUACCCUGAAAGACCUAUUAUUUUUCUAUCGGGUUGUUACUUCAUGAUUUCUGUUUCCUACAUCAUUGGAUUCACUGCUGGGGACUCUUUAUCUUGCACGGAAUCUAAACAUGGUCAUUCCGUCCUUGUGCAAGGAACUAAACACGAAGGAUGCACAGUAAUUUUUAUGCUAUUAUAUUUCUUCAGCAUGGCAUCCUCAAUCUGGUGGGUUAUUCUAACACUCACUUGGUUUCUUGCGGCCGGACUAAAAUGGGGUCAAGAAGCUAUCGAGGCAAACGCACAAUUUUUCCACCUUGCAGCCUGGGCGAUUCCUGCCGUUAAAACAAUUGCGAUUUUAUUGAUGACCAAAGUUGAUGGCGACGAGCUAAGCGGAGUUUGCUUUGUUGGACUCUCAGAUUUAAAUGCGCUGAGGGUAUAUGUGUUGGCUCCCCUGUUCAUUUACUUUUUUGCUGGAGCUACAUUCCUGUUAGCCGGAUUUGUGUCGCUGUUUCGAGUGAGAUCAGUUUUAAAAGACGAUUACAGCAAGAGGGAGAAAAUCGAAAAAUUAAUGAUUCGUAUCGGAGUAUUUUCCAUUCUGUACACUUUGCCCGCGAUUUCAGUAAUAGGUUGUUUGUUCUAUGAGCAGGCAAAUCGUGAAAAGUGGGAGCAAUCAUGGCUUGAAGGCUGGAAGCAUCAACAAGCGUGCAUUGAUAACAUGAAAGACAUGGAUUGUCCCAAAUACCCGAUUGUUAAUGACAAACCGGAUUUCACCGUAUUUAUGGUCAAGUACUUGAUGUUCUUGAUCGUUGGAAUUACAUCAGGAUUUUGGAUAUGGUCGAGUAAGACCAUUAACGCCUGGAGAAGGUUUUAUCGUUCAGUAGCGCACAAUCUGUUCGGGCGAGGAGCGAAUACGCUCGUGUGAUUGUAACUUGGAAAGUUUUUAUCGUGAAAGUCUUAUAUCUGUAAGCAAGAAACGUGUAAAAUCUAUGUACUUGCUCGUAAGGUCAAUUUACGCCACCAUGAGAAAGAACUCCUUUAUGGAACUUGCCGAAAGCGCGUGGCUAUACUGCAUAUCAGAUCGCGUGAUCGAAAAAUAAGCUUGCUAGUGUUUACUGCCUAUGUGGUGCUCUAUACCGGUUGUUGUUGAGCAACACCAAUUGGCUCAUGGAAAUGGUUAACUUUUUACCGCGCCUGGCUGAGCUUCGUUUGAGCAAACGAGCAUGGUUUGCGUUUUGUUGACUUGUGUCAUUAGCGAUUUAGAAUUAUACAAGUUGUAACGCACUUAAGCCCUUAUAUUGGAAUUGUUCUUUAAAUAGCCGACUUGCACCUCCUUCCUUUAAAUUCGUGUUAUAGAUAAGAAUGAUCGUCCUAAAUUUUGCGUUUUUCUGUGAAGUUGCUUCGAAACGAUUGUGUCAUUUUUUGUUUCCGUCGGAAUUGAAAACUACUGCACAUUCUUGAAGCUCACGUUUCAUCUGCUUAUCCUCUUCAGAUCAGAUACGAAGCUGUUUAUGUGAACUGCAGUUGUCAUAACUGGGAUGAAGUUUCUAGAAAAGGAGCAAACAGAUUUAAUGCUAUUCCAGAUUACACAAAAGCAAUUUACUAUGGUUUUCACCCUUUUUGGAUGCUUAAGUUUGUUUGAUAUGAAUAAGAAUGUGUUGGUUUGAUUUAUGUCAGCUGGGAACUGCUGGACACUGUCAACACAUUUGAUCGCAUUAUUAGGGUAUAGCUGCAUUUUAGAGCGUGGCUGAUGUGUUUUCUAUUUAAGGCCACUUACUUAACUCAUUAAAUCCAAGGACUUCUGUAGGUUAACUGAUUUUGAAGUUUUAUGUUCAUUAUUUUAUUGAUAAAGACAAAGGUAUAGAGGACAAUGUUUGCUCUAUGUGUAUUUGACAAGAAGUAUGCCAUUAAAGUUACCAAACAGUUAUUGAAAGACAUUUAAAUUACUAGGUGUAACCAGAAAUAUGUGGACAAACUGGUAUUUGAGGCUUAGCUCAUAUCAACCUCUUAAUUGUAUUAGUUCUUGUACAAACAUUUCCAGGGAUGACCAAUUUUUUGUGUUAUUUGUCUUAAAUGAACCAUUUUCAGUCAAGCAUGAAUUUUGAAAAGUAGUUUGUAUUUGAAUUAAAUUGACUGAGUUUCCCAAGCAUGGUCUGAUUCUGUAAUUCCACAACUGUCCUCUAAGGAACUCCUUUAUUAAAUUAUUUGGUAUACUUUUCCCCAACAUUUUUGAAAAAAUGUCUUCCAUUUUGAAGGCUACAUACCAAAGGUUUAAGGAUGAGAACAUUUAAGAUGUUACUAUUAAAUCUGUGGUAGUUGUUUUAAAUCAGGUUCUCUUUAGAUGCAAGGUGGUAGUUAACAGGAUUUUAAGAGAAAACUGUGAAUUGUCUUAGGUUUUGGGAUGUUUAGGAGGC